AAAGAAAUAAAUACUGUUUAUCAAUCAAAUGUAGGGUGGAAAAGCGCCUAAUGGAUGCAACAUAAAUACUCGAGUGAACAAAGUGAAGCUUCUCGCUUUGGAUGUGUGACGUCAGCAGCCUGCACUUUCACAGGUCGGCCGAACGGUGGUGCUCAAGCUCAGCGACACAGCGUGAAGACACGUCUUCAUCUACGAUGAACCGCUUCGGAAGACAUGCAGCCGUCGGAUGGAUGGAGAGUUUGGAGACACUUUUCACACUCAAGUUACGCGCCCCUGUGUUACACACGUUCUGGCUUUUUGUUUCUGCUAGCGUUGUGUAGAAAGAGGCGUGGUCCAGAUUGGUCACCGCGCCCCUUUGCCCGUAACCGGCACCACCUCCUCUUCCUCGCAGGAGAAGCUCAAGCGGAACCUCCAGGAACUCCUCCUCCUCCUGAGGAGGAAGACUCCAGUGAUGAAAACGUGAUGACUGCGGGAGCCCCCUUUCCUACACGAGGACGUUCCGGAGGACCGAGAACAAGUGCAGAUUGCAGGCGGCAGAGGGUCGCUGAUGUUCGGCGGCCUGAAGGAGGAGCCGCCGCCGGGGGGCAUGAACGCCGUCCAGGGGUGGAUGCGGGGCGGCGUGCCGGUGCCGGUGCCGGUGCCGGUGCCGGCGGGCGGCGUGCUGCACGCCGACACCGCCGCGCAGAGCGGGGUGUCCGUGGGCCGGGCCCACUUCGAGAAGCAGCCGCCCUGCAACCUGCGCAAGUCCAACUUCUUCCACUUCGCGGUGGCGCUGUACGACCGACGAGGGCAGCCCGUGCAAGUGGAGAGGAGCGCCUUCGUGGGCUUCGUGGAGAAGGACAAGGAGAGCGCGGGCGAGAAGACCAACAACGGCGUCCAUUACCAGCUGCAGCUGCUCUACGCUAACGGCGUCAGGACGGAACAAGACUUGUACGUCAGACUCAUCGACUCCGCCAGCAAAGAGCCCAUCGUGUACGAGGGCCAGGACAAGAAUCCCGAGAUGUGUCGAGUUCUGCUCACGCACGAGAUCACGUGCAGUCGCUGCUGUGACAAGAAGAGUUGCGGCAAUCGCAACGAGACGCCGUCGGACCCCGUCAUCAUCGACAGCGCUGCCACGUCGCCAUCUUCAGGGAUUGCGGUGCAUCGCAAAGCCGAAUUCACACGCGAGACCUCUCGACGAGACUCCUCGAGUCCUGAAAUUGCAAAAUGUCACACUUUGCAAUGCAAAAAUAACGGAAAACGGUUUUUCCUCAAGUUUUUCCUCAAGUGCAACCAGAACUGCCUGAAGAACGCCGGAAACCCGCGAGACAUGAGGAGGUUCCAGGUGGCGCUGUCGACGACGGUGAGCGUGGAGGGUCACGUGCUCGCCGUGUCCGACGACGUCUUCGUCCACAACAACUCCAAACACGGCCGCCGCGUGCGCAGGCUCGACCCGGCGGACGCGCCGCUGGCAAACCUCCGCCACGGAGCGUCUCCGUGCAUCAAAGCCGUCAGCCCCAGCGAGGGUUGGACCACAGGGGGCGCCGCGGUCAUCGUCAUCGGAGAAAACUUCUUCGACGGCCUGCAAGUCAUCUUCGGGUCCACGACGGCCUGGAGCGAGCUGAUCACGCCGCACGCCAUCCGCGUGCAGACGCCGCUGCGGCACAUCCCGGGCGUGGUGGAGGUCACGCUCUCCUACAAGUCCAAACACUUCUGCAAGAGCACGCCUGGACGCUUCGUGUACACGGCGCUCAACGAGCCCACCAUCGACUACGGCUUCCAAAGACUGCAGAAGGUCAUCCCCCGUCACCCCGGAGACCCCGAGAGGCUGCCAAAGGAAACGGCGGCGAAACGAGCGGCGGACAUCGCCGAUGCGCUGUACGGCGUCCCCGGAGGACACGCCCGGCCGUCCGUCGACGCGUCGGAGCCCCCGCGGACCGAUCAGGGCGCGUCCUUUUCCAAAUCCCGCCGCCGAUACGGGUCCGACGCGGCCGAUGUGAGCGCGCCCCCCGCGGGCUUCAUCCGGAGUAGCGGCGCGUCCCCUCACGGCUACGCGCCCGCCUCCGCGCCGCAGCACGCCGGCUACUCCCACACGCACACGCCCCCGCAGCUGCACGCCGCCAUCAACGCGUACGCCAACAACGCGUACGCCAACAACGCCGCCAUCAGCAACCUGGGAGCGUCGCUCGCCUUCGGCAACACGUCGCCUUACGCAAUGGUCCCUUCCAGCCCGACGAUGUCGUCGUCGUCCACAUCGCUAGCCGCCAACUGUUCGGCGGCGGCGGCCGUCUUCUCGUUCUCGCCCGCCACAUUGGUGUCGGCGGCCGGCAAGCAGAAGUCGGCGUUCGCCCCGGUGCUCAGACCCUCGUCCUCACCCCCGCCGCCAUCUUGUGCCAACGCCAACGGCCUCCAAGACGCCAACUUUGCAGCGUGUGUCAAGUUGCCGCCGGGCACCCUUCCGGGGUUGGCCUUCAGCUGAAGUACGCCCCGCCUCCUCUCAUGACCUCACUUCCCGCCUGUCAAUCACCUUCUGGCCUCACCCUUCCUCGCACCCUCCUCAUCCUCACGUGCGCCAUUUGAGCCCUGCCUGCCGAAACUGCAACUGACAUCAUUUGUUUGUGUACGUUUUCCGAAUAUGUUGAUUUUCACUGAGACUUUUAUCUUCCUCCUCCUCCUCCUCUUCCUCAUGGCGGCCAUGCCAGGAAUGGUUGUCCUGCCAAUGGAAACGUGCGCGCCUGCGUGUGCGUGCGAUUGACACGAUCGUGGCCCUCCAAAAGGACCUCCUCAACUCAUCCGGACCUAGCGUGAAGACGGGAAGGAAGUGGUUUUUAUUUUGUUUUUGUGCAGCACUUCAUUUCAUCGGGUUGUUUGUUUGCUGGUUGGGCCCACGGAAAUCAGCCAAUCACAGCUGAGAUGUUUGGUUGUUUCGAACAUCAUUCCUUGCUUCAUUUGGCCAAAUCCUGGAAUGACUUAACAUUCAAUGAUUUCAGUCUUAACGAGUGACUAAUUGUCUUAAUUGAAUGAAGCGAUGUUUUCGUCUUACGUUUUGGUGCCUCAGUGCCGCCGUGUCCUGUGAACAACAGCGGAUCGAAUCCGAUUGGAUUCGUCGCCAUGGUUACCGCCUGUGGACUUCGGCCUCCCUCCGCCGGCUUGCGUGAAAACAAGACAUCUAUUUAUUUUGUUUUCUCUUGCUUUGUGUCUGCGCGCCAGGAGAAACAACAACAACAAACAAACAACCAAACAACAUUUUCUAUUCCUUUUUCACUUUGAAAUGUAAAAAACCUUUUGUGAUAUUGAAUUAAACUUUCUUGUGUGUCAGCA